GCAAAGGAGGCGCACGCGGACGGGUGGCUUUUUCUGGUCAAGGCUCGACCCUUGGAGGUUGGUCCCAUCCAUGAUCUGCAGCUGUGCGGGGCGGCUAUCUCUGUUCCGGUCAAGACUCAAGAGGGCUGCGCGACUCAAGCUCACCGAGACACACGACAACAAGGUGGAAGUUGGCACCCAAACGGCUCGGAUCCGAAGCCUCCUUUAGACCCUGUGAGGCUGUGAGAGAGUCAUCCAGCGACAAGCACGGAUACCAUCAGCCACAAACCGAACCUCAGCGCCAUACACACCCACCUCCACAGGCGCCAUCCACGUCUAGACGUCACGACUCGACAUCAUGCCCUCGGAACAGAACGCACUAUUGGCCCAAGUCCCAUUGACGGUAUCCCCGUUCGUCACCCUACCAAAGGCCCCGACCUUGCCACACAAUUACGCCAGUAUACCAUCUACCUUACCGCCAUCCAUCCUCAACACCGACAGCGAUGACCCAUCCGCACCUCCUACCUACGUGACCUCUGGCACAGGCUUUCGCGCCCACCCCUCCACAAUCAUCACCCAAAACAAAGCCCUCUGCGAUCAACUAGACACCGCUGCCUCUGACAGCAGAAAGAAGAUACACGAUUGGAGACAAGCCAUCGAUGAGCGCGAGUUGGCAGAGAAGAGAAGGAAAGCUCCUGGCUGGUUGGACAGCGAUGCCAAGAUCUUGAGGCCUGCGACGACGGUACCGCCGCCUGAUACUAAGCCUGGCGCAAGUUUGCUGGAUGCUGAUGAGCAGAACACUGACGCGCUGCGGCCGCAAGAGUCUGCCAAUGACAUGGGCUCGCAGAUGGAUCGUGCUUUUGGUUGAGCAUUUGUGUCUGUGAAAGACACAUUUCUCUUCCGACACGCAUCUCUUGCGCCCAGGACAUCGUAUACGCGCUGUAACAGCAUGAUGCUAGAGCAUGCUGGCCUAUAGUGCAGUCCAAGCACGCAAUGCUAUGGUUCUACUUAGAUCCUAGAGCAUGGUAGCAGCCAUAGCACAAUCCAGUCAGCGACUUGCCAUUGCUGCAAGAUCAGAUACAGUAGGAGGCCUUACGCUGUGAAGCAGACAAUGCCUACCCAUGAUGGCUAUAUGAAUUACGAAGCUAAAUAAUACCACGAAACACCAGCUUAAAUUACAUCAUCCCAAUCUCGUC